AUGUGGCACUUAAGGUUGUCAAGCACGUCAUUCGACCCAAGGGUGGUUUAUGAUGGACACCCUACAUUGUUUACCAUCAAGCUACAUCAUGGAGGUGAGUUCACAAAGUUUCCAAAUGUCAACUACAUUGAGGGUACUGUGACGUAUGUAGAUAUGGUGGAUAUAGAAGAGUUUUCUAUUCACGAGAUGGAUGCGAUUAUGAAAGGGUUAGGAUACUCAGUUCCUCCAGUUAUCUACUAUCAUUUUCGAGUGCCAAAGGGAGACAUGCAUUUUGGGCUACGGGCCCUAGGAAAUGAUGAUGAUGUCUUCAAUCUUUCCCAGUAUGUGAAGGAGCAUAAACUGAUAAGGGUUUACACCGAGCAUGGUAUUACUAACUUGCUUACUUACUUUAUGGCUCCUAAACCUGUAAGAAGAGUUAUUAUUGAGCAAUUAGAGGAGAUCGAUGAACAUCAAACCCCCCCAACUAAUAACCAACCCAGUGGCAUGCCACAAACAUGCAUACCACCUGUGAUAGCAAAUGAAGCUGCUUUAGCCUUGUCAAUAUCCCCUGAAUAUAAUAAGAAAAGGGAAUUUAUCAAGGACAAACCAUUGUCAUCAUGUAUUAAGAAAUUGGUGAUGGAUGAUGUUAGUGUUGAUAGGAUUGGUGGGAAUAAGGAUGAUGCAGAUAAUGAAAUUGACCACGGAUUUAACGAAUUUGAUGAGGAAUGUAAUGAUAUUAACCAGGAUUUUAAUGAAUUUCAUGAGGCAUAUGAUGAGGUUCAUGAAGGUGAGGAAAAUACAGUUAAUAAGGAAGUCACUGAAGAAGAGAAUCACGGCAGAAAUGAAAUGAAUGAUGAGAAUGUAGAGAUGAGAGAUUUUGCAGUUGAUGAUGGAAGUGAAGAUACCAUAGAGAUUGAUGAAGACAAUACUGAAAGAAGUGAUGAGAGUGAGGACAGUGAUGAUAGUGAUUUCUGGGUGGAUGAAGACAACAUCAUCCCUGAUGUAGAAGUAGAUAUGAGGGAUUUUUACAUGAAUAUAGAUCUUAAAGCAGAAUUUCUUGAAAAAAGAUUACCAAAGCAUAGAGAGAAUGACAGUGAUGAGGUCAAUGAAGAGUUGGAUGUUAUAGAUAAUGAUCAAUGGGAUUCAUUGGAUGAGGGUUCUGAUAUAGAUAGGAAAAGAAGAGCUGUAAUAAAGGAAUUGGGGAAGGAGACUAGGUGCUCUCAAGGUGAGAUACACAAGGUAACUUUUAGGAUAGGACAAAAAUAUAAAAAUAAGAAGGAGUUAAAGGAAAAGAUACAAUUGCAUGCACUGGAAACAAGAAGGAAUAUAUUCUUUGUGAAAAACGACAAAAUGAGGUUAAGGGAAAUCUGUAAAGGAACUGUGGCCUUUAAUGAUGGUCAUGUCGGUGAACCUACCCCUUGUCGUUGGGUGAUACUGUUGGAUUAG